CACACUGGAGCAGAGAAUCUACUACAAAAAGAAAAACAUCUUGACCAGGAACAGGGCUUUGGGUCCGGGUUAUUGACACGUUCCACUGACUGUAAUGAUGUCAAUGAAAUUUCUGAGCUAAACACACCAGUCGCUGAAGCUGAGAACAUCGAUUCCACGCCGUCUUGUUCCGAAGGGUUGAUAAGCAAGGACAAGAGAAUCAGAUUGAAAGAGAAGGUUUGGGCGGAUACGUCCUUUCCGCUUAACCUCGCACCACUAUCUUCAUCUGCAGUAAGAUUUGCAGAAGACGUCAACCUUCUCCAAAGACACAACGAGAGCAGGGAUAUUAACCCAGAACUCUUGAUAUCCUCCAGUCAUUCCUGUGACAGAUCACAUUACUCUCUUUCCUCAGAGGAGAACUUUUUGGAUCGAAGCCAGAAACCGACAAGCUCAGAGGAAGUAGAGGAUAGUCUGUCUCCAAAACAUGCCCAGAGUAUAGAAGAUGAGCUUCAUCCUCCGUUCCAUUCAGCCAACUUCAACCAGCCUGACAAUAGGACAGAGACUUGUGUCUUAUCAAAACCUGUUGAAACACACACUCCACUUUUUACUGUUUGUCAGCCAACACACACACAUGAGCAAUGUGUCAAUGUCUUGAAUAGUCACACACUGUUUAUUAAUUUAAAGCAUGACAGAAGCAUCUGUUCUCCACAAGGGAAUGCCACUGAGAUCCUGUUUCAAGAUACUAGCGCUAUUCAUGACUCUGAAUCGAGGUUUGUUGUAAAAGAUAAUCCUCAAUCAGAUCAGACUGAGUUGUGUGUACACAAUAACGCAGAUUUUGAAAAAUCAGCAGAUGCCAAAGAAGCUGUAGGAGACAGUAAUCCGUGGCCGGAACCUUUUUCCGAUGGUCCAGAAAGUGAUUCUGAGGAUAGUGAUCAAAGCAAUGGCCUCACCUCGAACAAGGAAGUGCUUCAGCCAGGCUUGGAGAAGUUAGAUGGUUUAAAGAAACGUUCUGACGUUUUGUCUCCUGUACACUGGAGCAGUGAGGAUUCAGCUGUUUCUGGGCUGGGCGAAGACUUGGACAGCAUUCACUGUGAUUUCUACCCAUCACCACAUGAGAACCUUGAGCAACCUACACAGAUUGAGAAUGCUACAUGUUUACGCUCUGAAUGUAAUAUAGUAUGUGCAAACGAAAAUCUCCAAAAUGACCAAAAGUGUCACGUGGACUCACACUUGAUACCGUUGGUUCCCAAUGGACUCGAACCGUUUACACAAUGCACUGAUAUUAAUCACACACAUAUACACACUUCCCUUCGUGGCUGCAUACAAGACACUGAUUUAGACUCUCAGCCGCAUAUUAAAGUCCUUACAUCUUUACCAGGUCACCUGGAAACACUGAAUCCGGUCCAGCAAGACAAACAGAAAGACUUCUCCGGCUUAACUCCUAACAGCACCAGGAGCGUUGGAGACAAAGACGACAGUCCAGGUACACUUUCUGGAGUAAGGACAUUACGUUACACCCAACCCGAGGUCCUGCUCCCCGCCCGGAGCCUGCAGCCUAUCCCAGAGACAGACUGCUCCCUGGAUAACUUCCUCGAUCCUGAUGAUGCCACCUUUCUAGAAGACAAGAAAACAGAGACUAAGAAGUUUGGAAGUAAAAUAAUGAAACCUUCAGAGUCAGACCAGGACAUUUACAGAGUCGCUUCCUGUGAUCUCCAUAUGUCUCUCAGCAAAGGCCAGCCUGAGGACCAGCCAUCCUGCACUCAUUCCGACCUGAAUGAGGACAAGUCCCCACAGAAUGACGAAACAACAUCAACUCAGUGUCCAUCCAGAGGAUCCUUGGACCUGGACACGAGCAGCAUUAACAGCGAUGACCAAGAGGAGCAGAGAACUCUGGCUGGUCCCAGUGUGAAAUCACGUAAAGUUAAGCCAUCUAAAUUUUCAGUUUUCUCCAAAAUGUCCUCGUUCAGACUAGGAAAAAGUACGACAAGAGAAGGGAGGGUGAGCAAGGGUGAAAUUUCACCCAGGGACUCUCAGGACAGAGGGGAGGACCUUCAUUUCUAUAGGAGUCACCUGACCCAGGAUGCAGGACGAGACGCAGAGAGAGAGAGUCAGCCAGACAACUCGGACGAUGAAGUCUUCUACAAAAGUGAGGCUGGAAAUAAACAAGCAGGGCUUCAGGUAGAUACAGAAGAGGAAGAGGAUGGUCAUGUUCAGGGCACAGGGGAUGUUGAGGACUCGGAGAUGCCGCAACUUAAACAGAACACGGGUGGUGAAUGCGCAAGCUGCAGGAGAAGCAAAAGCACAGAAGGCCUAAGCUUCCGUUUGCGAUUUGCCCAGGCUCACAAGUCUUUGUCAAGCUUAUUUGAGUCUCGUUCCAUGGAUAAGUACAGCGAGUGUCCUGAAUCAGAAGAUACGCGAACCAAGCUUUCAUGGAAGAAACAGAAACGGAUAAAAGAGGUAGAUCCCCUAAGACGUACGAUGUCUGUUCCAGAGACAGAUGGAAAUAAAGCUACUCAGCGCCACACUGACCCACUGAGCAAGCGUGGCAUCUUGCGAGAUGGAGUUAGUGCAUCCCUGCAGGACGGCAGAUCAGAUGGGCGCACUAGAAGGUGCUUGUCAAUUACUUUUAUUGAUUCCUCUGAAGCCUCGCCUAAUGGUGACUCUGGUCCCCUCACACCUAUGGCCCCGCUAGCCAGUCAGCUGUCAUCCUCUUGUUCCAAAAUGCCAGCAGGACCCAAUGAAAACUCAGAAUCUCCCAUGAGACCAAUGAGUCCCAAACCAAGCAGUCCAAGAUCUGCUGGGCAGAAACAGCGAUUCCGUUACCCCUCUUCACGGGCAAACACUCUUUCUCUAAUUGUUCUCAGCCAGAGUGUUAGUGUUUCAGAUCCCCCUGAGAGACCACGGUCUCUCAAACCUAAAGUAGGGCGUCAGGGUUCCCUCAGUCCCCUGGGUACCAGCAGCCACCUGGAGGAUGGCAGCAUAGACAGUCCCUCCCCCAUCAACAUCAAUACCUCUGUUACACAAAACGAAUUUGAGCCUAGCGUAUGGAUGAAGGAAUCUCCUGGAAGUCCUUGUCCCUCCAGUCACACUACAGUAAUGAAGGCGGUGAAUACUUCUCCUUCUGGAUCAUCCGGUCUGGGGCCCGGAUGCGAACCCAGCAUUAGCGCUACUGUGCCAACCCAAGCUGGAUGGGAGAGACACUGCUUUAGAGACGAUCUGUGGAUUGAGGAGGAAAAGAAGCGGCAGAGGAGAAUGACGAGGGCAGCACCAAAGAGGCGCAUUCACCCUCUGGAGGAGCUAGAGGAAGUGAGGGGCCGGCUGCCUCUGUGUGCACUGAAGGUGUUUUCUGGAAUGCCACUCCGAAGUCUAAGCUUCUCUCACAGCACCCCCAUUGGGUUGGAUUGCCUCGACUGGGGACGACGCAUGUCCUCUCCUGCGGUGAUCGUUCCUGAUGGUGCUCCGGAGAAGCUGGGUGUAGGUGACGAGGCUGGCAGUGAGGAGGAUCUCUACGAGGAGCUCCGCAGCUCAGGACAUCGCUUCGCUCAUCCAGGAGGAGCAGGAGAGCAGCUGGCGAUAAACGAGCUAAUCAGCGAUGGCAGUGUGGUGUAUGCUGAGGCAUUAUGGGAUCACGUCACCAUGGACGAUCAGGAGCUCGGCUUCAAGGCUGGAGACGUCAUUGAAGUAGUGGAUGCCACAAACAAGGAGUGGUGGUGGGGACGCAUACUGGACAACGAGGGCUGGUUUCCCGCCAGCUUUGUCAGAUUGCGUGUGAACCAGGAUGAGCCGAUGGAGGACUACCUGGCACAGCUGGAGGAGGCUCAGGAGGAGCAGAGCUCGGGUGUCGGGCUGCUCCUCGGACCUGGCCUGCCCUGUAAGGAGCAGAUGAGGACCAACGUCAUCAAUGAGAUCAUGAGCACAGAGAGGGAUUACAUCAAACACUUGAAGGACAUCUGUGAGGGUUACAUUAAACAGUGCCGGAAGCGCAUGGACAUGUUCACAGAAGAGCAGCUGUGCACCAUUUUUGGAAACAUCGAGGACAUCUAUCGGUUUCAGAAGAAGUUCCUGAAGGGUCUAGAGAAGAGGUUCAACAAGGACGAGCCUCAUCUAAGUGAAAUCGGAUGUUGCUUUUUGGAGCAUCAAACAGAUUUCCAGAUCUACUCGGAGUAUUGUAACAACCACCCGAAUGCUUGCGUCCAGCUCUCCAAGCUUAUGAAGCUCAACAAGUAUGUGUUCUUCUUCGAGGCCUGCCGUCUCCUACAAAAGAUGAUCGACAUUUCUCUGGAUGGAUUCCUCCUCACUCCUGUCCAGAAGAUCUGCAAGUACCCACUGCAGCUGGCCGAGUUACUCAAGUACACCAACCCCCAGCACAGGGACUACAAAGAUGUAGAGGCAGCUUUAAACGGGAUGAAGAAUGUGGCCAGGCUAAUCAACGAGAGAAAACGGCGUCUGGAGAACGUGGAUAAAAUCGCCCAGUGGCAGAGCUCCAUCGAAGACUGGGAGGGUGAAGACAUCCUCAGCAGGAGCUCGGAUCUGAUCUACUCCGGGGAGCUCACAAAGAUCUCUCCACCUCAUGCCAAAAGCCAGCAGCGCAUGUUUUUCCUUUUCAACCAUCAGAUGGUGUAUUGUAAAAAGGAUCUGCUGCGCAGGGACAUGCUGUACUACAAGGGCAGGGUGGACAUGGAUCAGAUUGAGGUGUUGGACGUGGAGGACGGGAAGGACAGGGAGCUGAACGUGAGUGUGAAGAACGCCGUGAAGCUCCGCUCGCUCAGUGGAGACGAGCUCCAUCUCCUGUGCGCCAAGAAACCCGAACAGAAAGAGCGCUGGCUCCGAGCCUUCAGAGACGAGAGGGAGCAGGUGCAGCAUGACCGAGAAACAGGUUUUUCCAUCACUGAGGUGCAGAAGAAGCAGGCCAUGCUGAACGCCUGUAAAAGCCAUCCAGCUGGCAAGCCCAAAGCCGUGACCAGGCCCUACUACGACUUCCUGCUGCGGCAGAAACACCCGACGCUCCCCACCAGCCUCCCGCAGCAGCAGGUCUUCAUGCUGGCCGAGCCCAAACGCAAGAGCUCCAACUUCUGGCACAACAUCGGCCGAUUGACGCCUUUCAAAAAGUGAACGAAUCAGUGACGGGGAGAGAGAGAGAGAAAGAGAGAAAGAGAGAGAGAAGAGCUCUCAGCUUGUGCCUGAACUUUACCCUUCGAUUCCUCGUUUUAUUAUUAUAAUUAUUAUUAUUAUUAUUUUCAUUCCAUCGUCAUGGCUGUACUUACAGACCCCUCUGCAGAUUUCUUGUACUUGUGUUACAUUUUUUGGAGAAAGCACUUUAUUAAGGUGGUUACAAUCAGACUCGGCGACUGGCUCCCCGGGACUGCGGCGAUAUCUGUGUUUAUUAAUUAUUUCGGGGAAUCCUUUAUUCCUGGAGCCCUGAUUAGCCUCCGUACACACUAAUAUCACUAACCUGGUGGUGUUUUGUGUUCCUUCUUUUUCUUAAAUCUUCUAUUCAUGUCAGCUGAUGCCAAUUGUACACAGUGCCAGAUGAAUUUGCUUUCAUAUUUAAGUUUGUUCCUCGUCACAUGAAAAAGUAAAUAAGAGUUAUUACAAAUUACUUCCUGAUGACUUUAUGUAUCAACUAAUAUUUAUUUUUGGGUUGUUGUUGUUUGAUCAAAUGUGACAGAAUUACUUUACUGCGUUUCUUUACUGUAAGUGUGUCCUGGCAGGCGGUUUUAUUUAAAGCAGUACGUCUUGAAGGUCACAGCAAUGUCACUCUGGAGUAUGUUAUUAUUUUAUUUGUAAUCUUUUCCAGGAAUGCACAACUGCUAACUUCUCACUUGGGAAUACAUAAAAUACUGAAAAUGCAACACCAACAAACAAACAAACAAACACCAGAAUCACUUUCUAUUAAACUAUGAAAAUGUC